ACCCCCAGAGUGGAGCUGGACGUGAUCUCCCACGUUGGUCGUAAGGAGGAGCUGUGGUUCUCCCACCUCUGCGCCUUCCAAGUGAAGACCGAGAUGGUUCUGAGCGACACCUGUGCAGCUGAGUAUGGGAUUGUGAACAAGAAAGAGGAGAAUGCCCACAAAGGCUUUCCUGGGCCAGCAGAGCCCGAGGCUUUACUCUCAGGACUCUCCAAGGAGAACAAUGCCCAGAGUCCAGCACAGGACCCACACAGGUCAGAAAGAGUUCAGAGACCUCUGGGGAAGAGGCAAAGCCGAGUGAUGCUGCGUGGGAAGAGUCUCGGGAGGCCGCCAGACAUCACCCAGCCGAGAAAUCCAUCUGUGGGGAGACUGAGGGUAUGUGGGGACUGCGGGAGGGGCUUCCGGGUGAGCUCCAACCUCACCCAGCACCGGAGGAUCCACACUGGAGAGAAGCCCUUUGGCUGUGCCGAGUGCGGGGGCAGGUUCCGGCAGCGCUCGCACCUCAUCCAGCACCAGAGAACCCACACGGGGGAGAGGCCCUACGAGUGCUCCGACUGCGGGAAGGCCUUCAGCGUGAGCUCCAAGCUGCUCCGCCACCAGGUGACGCACACCGGGGAGAAGCCCUACAGGUGCUCCGAGUGCGGGAAGAGCUUCUCCGCCAACUCCCAGCUCGCGCAGCACCGCCGGGUGCACACCGGGGAGAGGCCCUACGAGUGCGGCAGCUGCGGGACGAGCUUCAGCGUGAGCUCGGCGCUGGCGCGGCACCGGCGCGUCCACACCGGCGAGAAGCCCUACGGCUGCUCCGAGUGCGGGAAGAGCUUCAGCCAGAGCUCCGAGCUCAUGAAGCACCAGCGGGUCCACACCGGGGAGAAGCCCUACGGGUGCCCCGAGUGCGGCAAGAGCUUCACCGUGAGCUCCGCCCUCGCCCAGCACCGGCGGUUCCACGCGGGCGAGCGCCCGUACGGGUGCUCCGAGUGCGGGAAGAGCUUCACGACUGAUCCCCAGCGCUGACCAGCAAUGCCAUCAGCCAUGGAGGGCACAGACGGGGGAGAAGACGGGGAUGUCUCACGCUACGAGGAAACAGAAG